GAAAAUACGAACAAUAAGCCAAACCCUGCUCCGUUCCUACCUCCCAAUCCCAAGUCCGAUACCGCAAACUAAUCAUCAUGCAAACGCUAUUACUACCGGCAACUCGCUCCGGCAUCUGUGCAAUGGCUAUGGGUCCCCUCCUGCCUCACCGUCAUCGACCACCGCUCACACUCUUCCCUCCAGAGUUUCUCACUUCAAUCAAAACUCGGAAACUAAACCCUCUGUUGUCCACUUUUGCUUCCUAUGAUCCUCUUAAUGUUAAAGCUUCUUCUUCCUCAGUUUCACCGAGUUCUACCUCCUUUAAUGAUGAUGCUGACAAAGCAAAGCUCGCUCAGGUAGCGAAAAGGCUAGAGAGCACGUCCAGGUACUUUAAGCGAUUGGGAAAUUUAGGAUUUUGGGGACAGCUCGUAUGCACUUUGGUAUCAGCGGUGAUACUCUCGUUUUCUGUUGUUAUCACUGGGAAAAUCACAUCACCGGCUACUUUUUAUGCUACUGCCAGUGGAAUUGUGGCUGCCUUCAUAUCAGUUUUUUGGUCCUUUGGGUAUAUUCGGCUUUCCGAGAAGCUCAAGAGAACUGCUAAUGAUCCCUCAAAGGCUCCUCCCCGUGCUGAUGUUGUAAAAAGCUUGAAGAAUGGCAUAGUUCUGAAUCUUCUGGGAAUGGGUGCUGCCAUUCUUGGCAUGCAAGCUACAGUGGGCUUCCUUGUUGCUAAGGCUCUUACUUCCUCCGCAAAUCCGUAUUAUCAAGGAAUUUCUCCCGGCUAUAGUCCUGUUCUUGCAUUGGAUGUAUUCUUGGUGCAGGCAUCAGGUAACACUAUCCUUUCUCAUUUUCUGGGGCUUGUCUUCUCAUUGGAACUGUUGCGCUCCGUGACAAUACCUCAGUCAGACAGUAGUCUGAUUCCCAAGGUCGCAUAAAUUCUGCUGUUCUUGGUAAAGUAUCAUUAAUUUGAAGCUUAUGCUGGAACAUGGUUUGUAGCCAUAGUUGAAAUGUAGAAUAGUUGGAUUCUAUUUUACACUCCGUUUGACAGGAAUUUCAGUUGUAAGAUCUCACAUCUGUUUUGCAAUUCAUCCCUGCAUUAAAUACAUUAUACAGAAUGUGGCAAUGAUUACGGCAGGGGUUGUAUUUUCCUUGCCAAUGA